UCUCUCAGUUUCUCUCAGCAGAGUUCCCAGGUUUGAAAACCUGGCCACAGCUUCGCUUGACAGCUCCCAGCGUAGAAGUUUGUCGUGGAUAAUCCGUGUGCAUUAGGAGAGAGUGUCAUUUUCAAAUAACCUUCUGCCUUUGCUUGAAUACAAACACCUCUUCCGUCCUUUUUCGCUACGAUGUUUCCUAACUUCAGCACAGAUUACGAUUCUUCCUCCCGCGGAAGCACGGCUUCCCCAGGCGGGGACAGCCUGCAGUACUGCAACAGCUCGCCGGCGGAUUCUUUCUCCAGCAGCGCGUCCCCAAUAAACAGCCAUCAGGAUUUUACUUCUGAUUUGGAUAUCAGCAGCACCCCAUUUGUCCCCACUGUGACUGCGAUUUCCACCAGCCCAGAUUUGCAGUGGAUGGUCCAACCUACGGUGGUCACGUCCGUUUCUCCUUCCCAAUCCAGAGUGCACCCCUAUAAGAACCAGAGGUCCGGGCCAGCUGGCAGCAAAAUCGGAGGGGCAUCGGGCCAGACCACCGGGAGAAGGGGGAAAGCUGAACAGCUUUCACCAGAAGAAGAAGAGAAAAAGAGAAUCAGAAGAGAGAGAAAUAAAAUGGCUGCAGCUAAAUGCCGCAACAGAAGAAAAGAACUCACGGACAGUUUGCAAGCUGAAACUGACAACUUGGAAGACGAUAAAGCAGCCCUGCAAAGAGAAAUCGCUAGUUUGCUCAAAGAGAAGGAGAAGCUUGAGCUGAUCUUAGCUGCUCAUCAACCCGCCUGCAAAAUUCCUCACGACUUGGACGGCGUCUUCUCCGAUUCUCUGGGCUCCUCUCUUCUCAGCUCUGCAGACACGCCGAAACUUGAAAGCAGCAGCCCUGCGAAUGCCGCCCUCAUCCAAGACCUGGAGAUCCCGAGCAUCCCGGCCUCGGCAAUAUCCGGAAACUCAAGCAUCCUGCUGUGCUCCAGCGCAGAAGUGAACAUUUCAGACUUGGAGCCUUCUUUAGACUUAAAGGAUGAGCAACUAGAUAAGCUUCUUCCUACCAUAGACAAAAGUGCUUUGGAAACUGCUCGAUCAGUUCCAGACAUUGACCUUUCCUCAUCUUUUGGAGUAACAGACUGGGAGACCCUCUAUAAAUCUGUUUCCAGUGAAAUGGAGCCCCUCAGCACCCCAGUAGUGACCUCCACUCCAGCAUGCAAUACUUAUUUAUCUACAUUUUCAUUCACAUACCCAGAUUUUGAUUCUUUCCCAGACUGUGGAGAGAAUCUUACAGAGGAAAUAAGUAAGAGUGACCAUGCAUUAGAUAUUCUUAACUCUCCAACACUAUUAGCCCUAUAAUGUCAGUUACAUAAGUAAUACAGUCUGAAAUGCACUGGACAAUGUCUCAUUACAAAUAGAAGUAUUUUUAACCAUAAUAGACAAACUCCACACUUUUGGAGGAAAAAAAGGUUUUCUUUUUUUGUAUUAUGUUUACUGAAAGUGAACAAGGAUUAUCUUCUUCCAUAUGUGUAGCUUGAAGCAUGAAAAUCAUGUUUGUAACCAAAAAUACAUACAAUCUUGUAUUUGUAGCAUGCUCGAGUGCCAUACAAUUAAAUAUAUUGUAAUUCAUUUCUUGGUGCUAGAUCUGUUGUUGUGAGAUGUUCUAAUAAAAAGAAAUUGAUGUAUUUUAAAUAGAAGUAGCUUAUUAAUAUUAGGCAAGUUUAGUGUAAUUGGAGAAAUUAACAUGGACUGUACUGACAUACCUCAACUGCCGCUGUGAUGUGAAUUUUAUUUCCUUUUUUAUUCAUUUAUACAUUUAAAGAGUUUUCCAUGAAAACAUUUACUGUGGUUUUUAUUUAUUGAGAUGUAUUUUAUGAUAUAAUUUAUUUUUCUACCUUAAGAGUUUAGACAUUUUGUCAAGUUCAUAUACAGAGAUGAAUAAGCAUUGACUGCUUAUUAUAAAAAAUCAAUAAAUAUAUUUAAACUGA